AGCGCGUGGUCCCUCCCCCUCAGGCCGCGGUGCAAUUACGCUCUCUACGGCCUGCAGUCAGCGUGCCGCAACUGGCUGAAGACGCGACGCUGGCCGGGACCAGAGGAGCUUUCGGCCGAAAGGAUGGGGCAGCCAGGAUCCGGAGACUCUUCACGGCUUGAGACCCGCGAGAGGAAAGGAGACAAGCAGGAACUGGUGGGGGAGGGGAGGAACUAACGGAAGGUGUCAUGGCAGCCGCGCUGUCGGGUCACGUGCCCUUUAGACCCGCCUUGUGCUUCCGGUCACGUGCCCUCAGAGUUCUCGCAUCCAGCAAUGGAGGCGAGACCCCCCAGUCACAGAGGCGGUGGCGACGGUGGCAACCGCUGGGUUUCUCCCUCUUCCCGACAGCGGCUUUAAGAAGUACCGUAGAGUUCAACCUGACUCAGCUGGUUAGUUACUCCCUGCCCAGGGCCGUAGCUCCUACCUGCAUCUUCUAGAUAUGGCAACUUCAUCUGAAGAAGUUUUGCUGAUUGUAAAGAAGGUGCGUCAAAAGAAGCAGGAUGGAGCACUAUACCUCAUGGCAGAAAGAAUUGCUUGGGCACCUGAAGGCAAAGAUAGAUUUACAAUCAGCCAUAUGUAUGCGGACAUUAAAUGCCAGAAAAUCAGUCCAGAAGGGAAAGCUAAAAUUCAGCUUCAGCUGGUUCUGCAUGCAGGGGACACAACUAACUUCCAUUUUUCCAAUGAAAGCACAGCAGUGAAAGAGCGAGAUGCAGUGAAAGACCUUCUUCAGCAGCUACUGCCAAAAUUCAAGAGGAAAGCAAAUAAAGAAUUGGAAGAGAAAAACAGAAUGCUGCAAGAAGAUCCUGUUUUGUUUCAGCUUUAUAAAGACCUUGUUGUGAGUCAAGUGAUCAGUGCUGAGGAAUUCUGGGCCAAUCGUUUAAAUGUGAACGCAACUGAUAGUUCAUCCACAUCGAAUCACAAGCAGGAUGUUGGCAUUUCUGCAGCAUUUCUGGCUGAUGUCCGGCCCCAAACAGAUGGCUGUAAUGGUCUGAGAUAUAAUUUAACCUCUGAUAUCAUUGAGUCCAUAUUUAGGACCUACCCAGCAGUAAAAAUGAAAUAUGCAGAAAAUGUUCCCCAUAAUAUGACAGAAAAGGAAUUUUGGACACGUUUUUUCCAGUCCCAUUAUUUUCACAGGGACCGGCUGAAUACAGGGUCAAAGGACCUCUUUGCAGAAUGUGCCAAAAUAGAUGAGAAAGGGUUAAAAACAAUGGUUUCAUUAGGAGUGAAAAACCCACUACUGGAUUUGACAGCUUUGGAAGAUAAAUCAUUAGAUGAGGGCUAUGGAAUGUCCUCUGUUCCAUCUACUUCCAAUUCUAAAUCCAUAAAGGAGAAUAGCAAUGCUGCCAUCAUCAAGAGAUUUAACCAUCACAGUGCUAUGGUCCUGGCAGCAGGUCUCAGGAAACAAGAAACACAAAAUGAGCAAAAUGGUGAGCCCAGCAGCAUGGAUGGGAAUUCCAGAGAUGCAGACUGCUUUCAACCAGCAGUCAAGAGGGCGAAGUUACAAGAGUCUAUUGAAUAUGAAGACUUGGGAAAAAAUAAUUCCAUAAAAACAAUUGCACUAAACCUCAAGAAGUCAGAUAGGUAUUAUCAUGGUCCAACUCCAAUCCAGUCACUACAGUAUGCAACGAGUCAGGACAUUAUUAAUUCUUUUCAAAGUAUUAGACAAGAAAUGGAAGCUUAUACACCCAAAUUAACUCAGGUUCUUUCAAGUAGCGCAGCCAGUAGUACCAUUGCAGCCCUGUCACCUGGAGGGGCCCUUAUGCAGGGAGGGACACAGCAAGCCAUAAACCAGAUGGUGCCAAAUGAUAUUCAGUCUGAAUUGAAACACUUGUAUGUGGCUGUUGGAGAACUUCUACGGCACUUCUGGUCCUGCUUCCCUGUUAACACACCAUUCCUAGAAGAAAAGGUAGUGAAGAUGAAAAGUAAUUUGGAACGAUUCCAAGUGACAAAGCUCUGCCCAUUCCAAGAAAAAAUUCGAAGGCAGUAUUUAAGCACAAAUUUGGUAAGUCACAUAGAAGAGAUGCUCCAGACAGCUUACAACAAGCUCCACACAUGGCAGUCACGGCGCAUGAUGAAGAAAACGUGAAGUGUGUGGCUCUAACAGGUUUUGUGAGAUUAACUGAUCUGCAGUAACUCUGGAAAUCUGACCUGACAGAUGUGCGGAUCAUCACACAGAAGUUACAAGAAACAUCUGCAUCAUGUGGACUUCUGAAGCUGAUGCAUAUUGUACUUGCACAUUGUGAAGUGAAAGGAGGAAAGGAACUGCGAUUAAACUAAAAACUGGGUGGGAGG